AAGCAUGCUUAAUACUAAACACUAUUAAUAUUCUAUCAAUUAAAAGAUGUCUUCUACUAAUAUUUUAACUCUGUUUUUCAUUAUUCUGACUCUGUGGAAUUCUGUUGUAAUUUGUAGCAGGUUAUUGGAAACAUCCUUGACAGAGAAACAUGAACUGUGGAUGAAAGAACAUGGUAAGUUUUACAAGGAUGUUGCUGAGAAGCAAAAACGUUUCGAAAUAUUUAAGGAGAAUGUUGAGUUCAUUGAAUCAUUCUAUGACAGUGCUUUCAACCUUAGCAUUAAUCAAUUUGCUGACCAAACCAAUGAAGAAUUUAAGGCUUCACUUAAUGGUAACAAGAAACCAUUGAGGAUAGAAACAGAAACAGAAACAGAGUUUAGGUACGAAAAUGUCACCGAAGUUCCUGCUACAAUGGAUUGGAGAGAAAGAGGAGCUGUUACUCCUAUCAAGAACCAAUACGAUUGUGGUAGUUGUUGGGCAUUUGCAACAGUGGCUGCAAUAGAAGGUAUUCACCAAAUAAGUACAGGAAAAUUGGUGUCACUGUCAGAGCAAGAACUAGUGGAUUGUGUGAAAGGUAAUAGCUAUGGAUGUAGCGGUGGUUAUUCCGAAGAUGCUUAUGAAUUCAUUGUAAAAAAAGGAGGAAUAGCAAGUGAAUCAAAAUACCCUUACAAAGGUGCUGAUAAAAAAUGUAACAUUAAAAAAGGAGCAUACUCUGUUGCUAAAAUUAAGGGUUAUGAAAAAGUUCCUAUCAAUAAUGAAAAGGAACUUUUAAAAGCAGUGGCAAAUCAACCCGUAGUGGUUUACAUUGAAGGAGGAGAACGUGCUUUUAGAUAUUACUCAAGCGGAAUUUUUAAAAGAAAAUGUGGAACUGAUUUAGACCAUGCUGUUACAAUUGUUGGUUAUGGCAUUAGUGAGGAUGGGGUAAAAUAUUGGAUAAUAAAAAAUUCAUGGGGUAUUAAAUGGGGUGAGAAAGGAUAUGCUAGAAUGGAACGAGAUAUACAUUCUAAACAAGGUUUAUGUGGACUUGCUAUGAAUCCCACUUAUCCAAUUGCUUAAUGAUCUAGCUUAGCUAGCUCAUUAUUAAGUGAAGUUAUCUUAUACUAUAUAGUUUAAUAAAUUGCUUGUGUUUGAACUUUGAACUUUAUAGUGAUGUGUGAAUGUAAACUUUAAAUUUCAACUAUAUAAUGAAAAUAAGUGAUCAUUGGUAUCA